UCAACAUGGAGCCAUGUUGGUGAUGUUGUUCUGUGAUAGUACAAUUUAUUUUUGUCUACUGGGCAUGAUCUGCACAUGAUAUGCGGCUACUGAUGUUACAAAUCAUUGACGAUAUUGAAACGCGUGCAACCUCACAGCGAUGAAUUGGUUAUCAUCAGCUAGCUCCUAUACAAACCUGGCUCUUAAGUCGGCUCUGACUCAAGCUCAGAAAAAAAUCGACAAAGUUCUAGAUAUUGAUGCCAGUGAUACGUCGACCACAGAGAAAGGUUCUGUAACUACUGCAAGGACAUCAGCGGAAUGUGACUCGCCCAUUACAUCUGAUAUUAAAACAACUGUAGGAGAUACCAGUGAUACUUUUUUCAGUGACUUUCUAGGUGACACUGCUCACUCUCAAAAACCUAAACUUGCAGAGGCAUCUCCUUGCAAAACUGUGCAUAAGAAACCUAACCCAGAGGAUGAUGUUACUGCUAUUCUAGAGUGCCCUGAACCACAACUUGAUGCUCCCUCUAUAGGCAGCCAACCACGUGCACAAAUAAAACAAGGAUUGCAAACAUCGAAGCCUGCUGACAAAGUCGUCGAACCGAUUGCUGAAUUACAUGUGCGUGGGCUGUCCCCAAACACAGCUCAUUCCAGUGACCUUAGUGCCACAGAACUUGAAGAUGCACACAUGCAAAGUAUUGCUGUGAGCCAGAAGAUUGUUGAGCAGCUCUUGCCUCCUGUGCCGUCAUUAGACAAAGAAACUGCAGGUUCAACCUGUACUAUAUCUGAAUCUGUGGGGUCAAAUACACUUACAUAUGGGGAACCACAGAAAAGAAAUGCUUGCGAUAGUUAUCUAGAAGAGGGAGUCUUUGCUUCUAAAUCUUCAGGAGAUGUUUUACAUGUAGGUGGUGCCGACCAUCGUACGGUUGAUGGAGUUUAUCAAUCUGAUGAAAGUGGUACAGUUGGCAGUGGGCAACAGAUUAUACAGAGUUACAGUGCUACAGCUUCUACAGAGCGUAUAGCUGAUGAUAGUGUUGCGGAAACCGCAGACGAAAAACCAUGUAAUGAAAUUAAGAUGGACAAUGACAGGUUGGAUGAGGUGUCACUAGUUGCUAUAGAAACAGAAGGUGGAAAUCUAACACUGCAGGAGAGCAUGACAUGGAGUAAAAUGGUAUCUGCAGAUAGCAUAAGCAACAGUAUGGUUGCCAGUGGAAGUGCUCAAGACACCAAUGUUUUGGUAGGAAAUGACAUUGCCAUACUAGGACAAGGUAAUCGUGGCAAUAUAAGGCACUGGGGUGGAAUUGAGAAAUCAACCACUAUGGAGAAAGGCUAUGCGAGUCAUACGGUAACAACAUGUACACCAGAGAUGGAUUUAACUUCAGAAGUGGUGUUAACGACGACUACUCUAGGACAGGAUGUGACAGGCGAGGCAGUGCAAACAGAGGCAGAGGCUCCAUGUGCUCAUCAGGUGCAAGGUGAGGGAGAUCUGCCUGAGGAUUCCCAAUCGUGCAUGACUGACCCUCUCGCAUCUGUUGACGUUGAGACAAGCGUAAGCAGCCAAGAUACUGUUGUAGAUAAAAGUGAAAUCUCUCCGCACGGAUUGCAGUCAUCUUCCACAAAUAGCACAACUCUCUUGUGUGACCAUCAGACGGGGCCAACUGCGCUGAAAGCUACACAUACUUUGCCUACUAGCAAAGUGCUGCCUCCCGAAAUACCCAAUGUCUUUGACGAUGAUGGACAGCCUGUAGUGCACGUGGUCACAUCUGCACCAGGAAUCACACAGGUGCCCUCGUCUUUUGUAAAAAUAGGUAAUUCUAUAGAAGUCAGUGGUGCUGAAGAAGAAUUCUCCACUCAGUCUGAGGAUGCAACAGACACAAGUACCGAUACGGUAGUGACUGACAAUCAAGAGUCAGUAGGUGCCCAUCUGGGGCAGGAGGCGGAUAAAAAUUCUAUGGAGAAAGGCAUAAUAAGCACAGGCACAAAGCAAGCAACCCUGGCCACAGCUGAGGAGCUAGACAAAGUAACAAGUGUUGUAGGGCAAGACGUAGUGACUGCAGUCACGUGCGAAGAUGUAGUGACUACCACGUUAGGGCAUAAGAAAGCCAGCACAAACCUAGAGAAGGAAUUGGUUACCACCACCAUGGUACAUGAUGUAGUUACCGAUACACUAGGAGAACUAGGAGAGUUGGUCAUCACCAAUAGCCCAGGUCAAGAGAUUGUAACUUCUAGCUUAGAGCAGGUGGAAGAAGGUCAGAUGUCCGACAACAGUUUCACAGAUGCAGGGGCAGUUGAUCUUCUAAAUGAAAAGUAUGAUGACACACAAAUCGCAACGAACCCUGUUAGAAGAAUGCCAGGCGAUGCACUAGAAACCCAACAAGAUUCCACCAAAGAAACGAUCACUGAUGUAGACGCCACGUCUAGUAAGUCGGAGAGUGGACUAGAAGGGUCACCAUGGACAGAUUCUGCAGCAGAGGGAGGUAAGGAGCUGUCACAGAAUCAGGACAGUGACAGCAUUUUAUCACUGACCGCAUCCAGCACAGCUAGCUCGUUUGUGAAGUGCAUGAUCGAGGAGGCAAUGGUGGACAAUACUGAAGGAGAGCACAGUGCACAUUCCCCUACCUCAUCUGACCGGUCAGACCAUAUCAACAGCGGCCACACAUCUAGCGAUGACAUUGGCACAACGACUUCCUCCGACAUUGAGGUCAUAUCUGCAUUCUCUGACAAUGGCCAACACAGAUAUGAGAUAUCGCCAAUGAAGCAAUAUCUGUCGAAAUUGUCAAGACUGGAUCUGGAACAGUAUCAGAAGCAUGUUGACAGUGACGGGUCUCAACACUCCGCCGUCUUGGACCAGAGGCAGAUUCGACGUAUGGGUCACCAGGUUGGUCCAGCUAUUGCUAGUAUUGCUGGCGACCCAGAGCAGGUAGAAAGAUUACUGAAGAAAUUGGCAGAGUCUAUGGAAGUCCUCCAAGCUAGAGAAGCCCAGCUACUCCAGUACAGCAAGGAAAACGUGGCAGUUCGAGAAACAAACAACAUCCUCCGAAACCAGAUCGCACAACAGGAGCAAGAAUAUGCAGCAGAGAACACUGACCUAAAUACAUUGACUGUAGAAUUUACUGCCAGGAUCUCUGAAGCAGAGAAAAGACUAAAGACUGUAACCAGGGAGCGGGAUGCCUUGAAGAGACAGCUUAGGGUAGCUCAGGAAGAAGUAUCUUCUCGUAUGAACAUGGCAGAGACCACACAACUACUGAAGGAAAAGGAAGAACAGAUUCUUGGUCUCAUGGAAGAGGGUAAGAAGCUAUCAAAGCAGCAACUACAGCAGUCGAACAUUAUCAAACGGCUGAGAGUCAAAGAAAAGGAGAAUGAAGCCAUCAUUACAAAACAACGCGAGAAGCUUGAGGAGCAGACGGAGGAAGUCGAAAGACUACAUCGGGUAUUAGAGGCACGUGAAGCCAUGGAGAAGAAUCACCUGGAAGCCAUCAAGCAGCUGGAUGCUACUCUCCAGAAGAAGGAGAAGGAGCUACAAAGAAUUUGCGGUGACCUUGAAGGAGCACAGGAGAAAAUGGGUGGCAUGCAGGCUGCUCUUGACAAUUCCUACAGGGAGCUUGCAGAAGCGCAUAAAGCGAGAGCCUCGGUGGACAGCCAGAGUCAGGAGGCAGUGCUCAGUGCAGAGAUGGUGUUGAGGGAUGAGAUGAAGGUGGCGCUACAGCAAGCUCAUCAGCAAUCACGCGAUGAGCAGGAGGCACUUGUUAUCAACAUAGAGGAUCUACACAAUAACUUAUCGAGGGCAGAGAAACAGCAGGCACGCAAGGAGGAUCAGUUGCGCCUCGAAGUUUGUGAUCUGCAGAAGAGGCUGCAGGAAUCAGAAGCCAGAAGCCAGGAACUCACACACAACAUCUCUCUUGCGACCCGGCCUCUGUUGAGACAGAUUGAGAAUGUGCAGUCACAAUUUGCUCAGCAGUCUAGUUCCUGGGAGAAGGUUGAGAGAGGCCUGAUGGAUCGACUCGCCGAUUCACAGAGCCAGGUGGCAGGACUGCGCGAAAAGGACCAGGUGUUAACGGAACGUGUGAUGGAGCUUCAGAGUAGGGCAAUGUCACUAGACUCACAGCUGUCUGUGCUGAGGCAGGACAAAUCUCGUCUGACAGCUGACCUGGAGGCUGGGAAGCAACGCUUGAUCAUGCUUGAGGAAGCCAGAGUCACGGAGGUGUCAGAGUACAAGUUGCUGCACACGCAGCUUGAGGACAAGCUCACCGAGGAAAAGAAGGCUAAUCUUCUGCUAGAGAGUCGAUUAGAGAUGGUAGCCAUGAAGCUGGAAGCAGAGAAGAAGAAGGUGGCUUUGGCCCAUGAAGCACUGAAGGAGAAGGAAAAGGCUAAAUACAACAGCAGUAAUGAGGUGCACGCAGUGAGGUCCUCGCCACCGCCACCACCAUCACCUACAGGCAGCAGUAGAAGUACCGCUGACAGCAUAGAUAGGUUAUCCGUCUCCGUGUCACAGGAUUAUGUGCAGCAGUCGUGGUUUGGGGCAUCCACAUCGGAGAGCAUUCAUGGUAGCAUUCAAGAGGGGAUGAGGGCUGGUAGUACAUCAGCCAUGAUGGAGCAUUUAGAGUCGCAGCUAAAGCAGCGAGACGGCGAGCUGGCGCAGCUGCAGUCGGAGGUAAGAAAUUUGGAGCGAACAAGAGAGAGUCUUGCCAAGGAGCUCGUCAAUCUAACAUCAAAGAAUAAUGAAAUGGAGGAAGAACUGAAGGAAUUGCCGAUCCUUAGAGCAAAAGUGCAGGCGCUUGACACCCGUUAUAAUGCUGCUCUCACCAUGUACGGUGAGAAGGAGGAGGAAGUAGAAGAGUUGAGACUUGACCUGCAGGAUGUGAAGGAGAUGUAUCGAGCCCAGAUCGAUGAGCUACUUCUCUUGGGGAAGAGGUGACAUCGGACGACACAUGGAGACAUAACCUAUUCCUCACCUACAUAAUAUAAUGCACGUGAUACACACAGCCUCGCAGUGCAAUUACUUGUAAUGCAAUUGCAAGUUGUGGGCACAUAUUAUUCUAAUGGGUGACAAGUAUGAGUCAGUGUUGUUCAGCUCCCCGCAUAUCUAUAUAUAUAUAUAUAUAAUUCAUUGUCAUGCUAUUGACUUGCUCAAAAAUGUGCAGUCACUAAUUUGGUUGGUAGCAUUCUGUUUUAGCAGAUGCAGUUUCCUGUAUCACCGGUGGUCACUCGUUUUCACACGUUGUCAUGGCGACACGGACAGGCUGGCUGUUUCAAUCGCAGACACAUGGUGACCAUUUAAGAUACUGUCUGUAAUCACUAUCACGAAAUUUGCAUGCAAUUGUAUUUUCCUCUUGACUAUUAAUUGCAA